AUGCCGGAGUCAACUACAGAGUCAGAAGCGGCCACAUUUUCCGAUAUUAGCGUCUCAGCCCAGGAUAUCGAAAAUUGCAUAUAUUCGCACUGGUAUGAAAAAUUCUCCCAAUACACAUACACUAAAGCCACGAUACUGAAGCCGGUACCGAAGGAGUUCAUCAGCUACCUGGAGGCGGAUGACAUUGUUCUUCCGAAAGACGAAGAUUCGAAGCCUAUGGCACUUUUUCAGGAUGUAGUUCCGAACGAAGAUAACGAUUACAGCGAUUGGGAAGAGGAAGAUGAAGCUGCGGAGGGCAAAGGAGGCGAUAAAAAGGAUCAGAACACUAAGAAAACGGCGUGUGAUGAACAUAAAGCCGAUGGAGAGACCAAGAAAACUGCAAAAAGCGGGAAGAAAGACCCGCUCUCGGAGUUUCCAGAGUUUCACAGCAAGAUUAAAGCCGCCAUCCACAACUUAGGCAGUGUCGCACCAAAGUUGAACUGGUCCUGCCCACAGGAUGCCACGUGGAUGAUGAUGAACAACACAAUGCAGUGCAAAAGUGCAGCUGAGCUCUACUUGCUUCUAAAGUCGUCUGAUUACGUAAACCACGAUCUAGGACACGCUUUUGAGUGUGUGACGGAGGGCAGCGGCAAGGAGGGCCAGGAUAAUCUUGAGUAUGAGCUUGUGUUGCGGAAAUGGGCCGAGAUGAAUCCUGCAAUGGAGUUCCGAUGCUUUGUGCGGGACCGCCGGCUCGUGGCCAUCACCCAGCGGGAUCUCAACUACUAUACUUUUUUGGCAGGCAUGAAGCGCGAAAUUCUUACCGCGAUCUGCAAAUUUUUUGACCGGGUGCUCUUACCGCGGUUCGAUUCCCACAGCUUCGCUUUUGACGUGUAUAUUUCGAAGACGCUAGAUAAGGUUUAUUUGGUGGAUAUCGACCCGUUUGCUCGCAAGACGGACUCUCUACUUUUCACGUGGAACGAGUUGGCAACCAUAAACGAGGAAAAUCCAGUUUUUCGAUUGGUUGAAAAAGAGAAUAGUGGCCAGUUUGCAUCAAAAGCGCACAGCCAGAAUCAGGUGCCCAAGGAGGUCGUCGACGCGACGAUCGACACCAACGCUCUUGUGGAGCUUGCCAGAAAGUGGGAACAGCUUAUGAGAAAGGAAGAUGAUGAUGAGUGA